AGCAGAGGGGUUGUGGCGUCUCUCUUCAGCUUGUGGCUGAUAUUCAGACACUCGCAGUGACUGUGGACGGGCUUCAGGACAGUGUGUGUUCUCAGAGCUGGGAUGUAGCGCCUGCAGUGCCGGUGCUGUAGAUACAGUCAGAGCAGUUUGGAGAAGAGCGAAGUGGAGUGGACGAUUUCAGACCUGAGCAGCACCGAGAGAAAGCCAGCAAGAAAACAUGCCGAGGUCUUUCCUGGUGAAGAGUAAAAGGGCCCACAGCUACCACCAGCCCCGGUACCUGGACGAUGACUACAGUAGACUGGACACUAUUCUGGCUCACGUGUGCGCAGAGACCAAAUCUCAGGCGGAGUUUGAAUCCAACCUGGAGCCGCAGGAGGAUGUGAGCGCCGGCGCUGACAGACUGUCCCGCGGGUCCAGGCUGCUGUCCCCGGGGUCGCUGUCCUCCAGCUCCCCGUUGAGCUGCGGAGGCAGCGUGUGUGACCGAUCCUCCGACUGUGAUUUCUGGCGUCCCCCGUCUCCCUCCUCCUCACCAGAUUCAGAGAAAUGCUCCACCCCAGCAGCGGAGGACGGUCACCACUUCAACAUCCCGCUCUUCCCUUACCCCUGGUCGGCGUACUCCGGCUCUGACCUGAGGCAUCUGAUCCAAGGGCCGUAUCAUCACCACCCCCAGGGCCACAGGGAGCCCCACUCACCCGUCAGCAUCUACGGCGCAGAGGACAGCGGUACCGAGAGGCUUUACGCAGAGCGGGGCCCGGUGGCCGGAUGCUACCAGGACUUUUCUUCAAAGGGCCACCAAAUCUGCAGGAUGCGGGACGGGGACGAGCGCUAUUUGGAUGUAAAGCAAAGGCCCCGCGGUGCGGAAAUCAAGUCUGAAAAUGACUUCAUUUCCUCAAAUCUCGAGUCAAGCGCAUCCUAUAAGUGCAUCAAAUGUUGCAAGGUGUUCUCCACCCCUCAUGGGUUGGAGGUCCAUGUGCGGCGGUCGCACAGUGGGACGAGGCCGUUUGAGUGCGGGAUCUGCGGAAAAACCUUCGGACACGCAGUGAGCCUGGAUCAGCACAGAGCGGUUCACUCGCAGGAGAGGAGCUUCAGCUGUAAAAUCUGCGGCAAAAGCUUCAAGCGGUCCUCUACGCUGUCCACGCACCUGCUCAUCCACUCGGACACGCGGCCUUACCCGUGCCAGUACUGCGGGAAGAGGUUCCACCAAAAGUCAGACAUGAAAAAACACACUUUCAUCCACACAGGUGAGAAGCCGCACAAGUGCCAGGUGUGCGGGAAGGCCUUCAGCCAGAGCUCCAACCUCAUCACACACAGCAGGAAGCACACGGGCUUCAAGCCUUUCGGCUGUGACCUCUGCGGGAAAGGCUUCCAGAGGAAGGUGGACCUGCGGAGACACAAGGAGACGCUGCACGGACUCAAAUGAGCGCACCUCGAUGCUUCAGCGUGAAAUCCUGCACUUUUAAUGUACCCCGACUGUGGUCGGCCCCGUUUUAGUUAUUCUAUUGUUUGUGCAUUGGCCUUAUUUUUUUCCUAUUGCUGAAUGUAGUUCAUUACUUAGCCUGAGAUAUUCUGGUUGAUUUUAUGGAAAUAAAAGUUUAUUUAUCGA